AUGCACUUCUCCUGCGAGCCGUCGCCGGGCCCCCAGGUCCCGCCUAGAAGCCCGCGCCGCCGCCGGACGAAACCGAAGCCAUGGAGACAACCGGUGCAGCCCAGCCCGCGCCCCUGGGGCGUGCCGCCGGCAAAGAGACGCGAAAAGUCGCAAAAGCCCAAACCCUUCCUCGCGAAAUGGCUCGAGCUCGAGCACCGGCCAGCGCCGGCGCCGCCUAAGCCCAAGCCCAAGCCCAGGCCCAAGCCCAAAUUGCUCUUACCGGCGAGCGCGGACAAGGCCGUCCAGCAAUCCGUGGAGUGCGUCGACGCCUUUACAUUGGUGCACCGCCACGACGACGACGACGCUUCCAAAAUCGCGAAACUGCGCGUCGCGAAUGCGCAGCUCAAGGGCGACGAGGAGCGGGCUCAAUCGGAACUAACGGAAGCGCGGGAGAAGCUCGCGACGGCGCGCCUCGCGGCCGAGGCGGCGCGGCGCGACGGCGAAUCGUUGCGCGAGGACUACGAAGCUGAGAGUGAAGGCGGGCGGCGCGCGCGACAACGCCUAUCUGCUGGCCGAGAACGCGAAGCUCAAGAAGCAGGCGGCCGCGGCGGAGCCCGCCGUCGCGGCGGCAGCGGCGGCCGAGGCGGAGCUGCGCGCCGCGGCGGAGCGCGCGUCCGCCGAGCGCGUCGCGACGAGCAAACGGAUCCGCGACCUCGACGAGCAGCACCGGCAGUCCUCAAACCGGGUCCGGGAGCUCGAGGCGACCGCCGCGGCGAUGGCCGAGAACCACCGGCGGGCGCGGCAGGACUCGGAGAACGCCGCGAUGAACGCGAACGCGGCGCUUGCGGCCGACUCCCAGCAAAAAAUCCGGGAGCUCACCGAGUCCCAUAAACGCGAGCUCGCGAAGGCCGAGGCAGCGGCCCAGCACGCCGAGGCGGCGGUGAAGGUCGCGGCCGAGACGCACGAACGCGAGCUCGCAGCGCUCGCUGCGACGCAUGAAAAAAGCAUAGGCGCGGCCAAAGCGACGGCCGAGGCCGCAGCCCAGCAACGGGCCGCCGCCGCCCAGAAGCGCGCCGCGGACGCCGAGGCCGCGGCCAAGGCCGAGGCCGCCGCGACGGGCGCGGCCAAGACGCAGAUCGCCGCCGCGCAGGAGAAACUCGCGAAGGUCCGCGCCGACCUCGACGCGCAGGCGACGCGGCACUCCAAGCUCGCGGACGACCACGAUUCUUUAAAGAGGUCCCACGCCGACGCGCAGACGCAGCUCGAGCAGCUCGCGGCCGCGAACGCCGACCUCCGCAAGAAGGCCGAGCAGCGCGCCGGCCAGGCGUCGGAUCUAUCCACAAAAAACGUCACGCUCUCCCAAGAACGGGCCGAGCUCCGCAGCGCCGUCGACGAGGGCCGGCGCCGCGUCGACGCGCUCGAGGCCAAGGCGAAGAAAUUGAUGGACGAGCGCGCGGCGCUCCAGCAGGCGAACGCCAAGCUCACGAAGGCCGGCGAGGACAUGAAGCGGAGCGUGUCGGCGUUGGAGGCUUCGCACGCCAAGGAGAAGACGCAGCUCGAGGCCGCCAACAGUAAGCACACGGAGCUCCAGCGCAAGCUCGAGGCUUCCAAUAAAUUGGCGCGCGACCUCGCCGCGAAGCACAAGGAGCAGGCGUCUUCAUCAACUGAGCUGACCACGAAGAACGUCCAACUGUCGGCGGAAGUCAAGGAGCUCCGGUCGCGCCAGAACGAGGCGACAACACGACUCAAGAACCUCGAGGCCAAGGCGGGUAAGGUGCCCGCUCUGACUGCCGACAACGAGACUUUACAAGCGCGCCUCGCGAAGGCGGCCGCCGAGCUCGACGCUUUGACCAAGCAGAACGGCGCGCUGCGCGCCGAGCGCGACGCUGCCGCGAAGGCCGGUGCCGAUGUCGAGGCGCUAACCAAGCAGCAACGCAAAAGCCGCGAGACGAUCGAGGCGCUGGAGGCGAAAUUCUCGCGAACAACGGAGAAGCUGGCGGCCGAGCGCGACGCGGCGACCCAGCGGGCCGACGGCCUCGCGGCCGCGCACGAAGAGGCGCGUGGCGCGCUCGAGGCGCGGCUCGCCAAGUCGGGCGCCGAAAUAGAUGCUCUAAACAAGCAGAGCGGGAAGCUGCGGUCCGAGCGCGACGCGGCGACCGCGGAGGCCGAGAAGGCGCGCGGCGCCGGCGGCGCGCUCGAGGCGCGCAUUAAGAAGGCCGCCGCCGAAAUAGACGGGCUGACCAAACAGUCUCAGAAACUGCGCGCCGAGCGCGACGCGGCUCUUAGUGAACACAAGCAGGCGCGCGCCGCCGCCGGGUCCCUCGAGGCGCGCGUGAAGAAGGCGGCCACCGAGAUCGACGCGCUGCAUAAGCAGAGCAAAUCCCUCGCGACGAAGCGUGACGAGGCGCAGAAGCAGGUCCGGGCCCUCGAGGCCUGCGCGGACAAGGUGCCCGACCUCGCGAGGAGCGUCGCGUCGCUCCAGGCCGAGAACGCCCAGUUGCGCGAGGCCGGCGACGCAGCUAAACGGCGCGCCGACGAGCUGGAGGGGGACAACGCCAAGCUGCGCGCGGCCAUCGACGACGCGCUGCGGCCGCCGCCGCCGCCGCCGCGCGGCGCCGAGAGCCCGACGCGGACGCUCGCCGAGGUCGAUUUGGGGAGGACGGGCCGCGGGCGGUCGUCGACGUCGUCCGUGGCCAGCUCGGAGUCGGGCUUCGCGGGGCUGCAGUCGCUGCAGCGGGAGCUCGAGGAGCGGCGAAACGCCGCCGUGCCCGAGAAGAGGUCCAUGUCGUCGCGGGCCAAGGCGACCGUGGACAAGCACGUCGGCUGGGUCAAGGGGACGAUCCUCGCCAAGAAGGCGGCCUCGACGCCCAAGCACUCGACGCCGCGAAGCGUCGCGACUCCCAAAUUCUUCACCGCGCGCUCGAAGCGGAAGGACGAGACGCCGGCCGAUUUGCCGCCGGCGGAGGCGGCGGCGGCCACUACCAUGUCCUAUCCUUUGAUGGAGUCGCCGCCGCCGCCGACGUCGCCGCCGCCGCCCGCCGCCGCCGCUCUCUCGCCGGAGCUGACGGACCUGGGGGAAGAAGUGGCUGCCGCCGCCGAGUCCGCGCUCGUGAAGAAUGCAUUAA